AUGACAUUUCCCGGAGAAAUAUUUCGCUCUUCUUCAGAAGCACCGCUGGAUUCGUUCGUAUCUUCUCUCAAAGAAACAAUGAAGCACCAGAUCCCGACCGAAGUUCGAUGGCACCAAGCUAAAGACCCGGCGGUCUUUGUUCCUCCAAAACUUCGAGAGUGCUCACACGUUUUCGUGAGAUCAGACCGAGUCCAGCCUGGACUCAAAUCUAAAUACUCUGGACCCUUCAAGGUAAUAUCAAGGACAGACAAAGUUUUUCUUCUCGAUACAGACGGAAAAGAAGACAGUUUCACGAUCGAUCGUUUGAAACCGGCUAAUUUAAAAAGGGAAACGGAAACAGUUUAA